CAUCCCGACAUCCCACCUCGCCACUUUCCCUUUCGCUUUCCGCCUGCGCGAGCGAUCUCAAACUAAACAAGGCCUCACUUCUCACUCCCAAACGGCUUCCUUCUCUAUCUUCUAGUCCCACUCCCCCAGCCCCAGCCAGCUCCAGCUCCCAGUCACAAACCCCAAACCCCUCACUUGUCAUCAACCUGCGCUGCGCUUUGCUUCCGCUUCUUCCUCCACCUUCCCUUCCUCCCUUGCACUCCACCACGCCUCGGACCUCGCCGUACCGCUCUCUUCUCUUGAUGCAAACCUUCCCUUACUGCUAGCUAAUUAAUUUGCCAUUUCUUUCGGGGGGGAUCCGGAGGGCGAUGGACAAGGAGAGGAAGCAGGGUUUCUUUUCGGCGCUCAAGGGGGAGGUCGUGCGAGGCCUCUCCCCGGCGAGGUCCCGGGGGAAGUCGCGGCUGCUUCCGCGCAGCCGCAAGACGGCGGCGGCGGCGGAGUCCGUGGCGGUGGCGGCAGCGCCGCCGCCGGAGGAGGAGCUCGCCCAGUACGCGCCGGACCCGCUCGUCGCCCACUCCGGCAGCCUGCGGCCUGCCGGCGAGGUCCUGGCGCCGCUCAUGGAGGGCCCCGACGUCGCCGACGACGACGCGUUCGCCGAGGAGUCCGGACGGCGAGACGGGUUCGGCCAGUGGGUCCGCGGCCACCUGACCCGUGCCCCGCUGAUGUCCGGCGGCGGCGCUGGCGACGGGUCGUUUCGGCGCUCCGACCUCCGCCUCCUCCUCGGCGUCAUGGGCGCGCCGCUCGCGCCCGUCUCGGUCUCCGCCGCCGAGCCGCAUCUCUCCGUCAAGGGCGCCCCCAUUGAAUCCUCGUCGGCGCAGUACAUCCUGCAGCAGUACCUGGCGGCGUCGGGCGGCGCCAAGGUGCUGCGGUCGGUGCGGAACGCGUACGCCAUGGGGAAGGUGCGGAUGGUGGCGUCGGAGUUCGAGACGGCCACGCGCGUCGUCAAGAACCGGGGCUCCGCCGCCGCCGCCGCCGUGGAGCAAGGCGGGUUCGUGCUCUGGCGGAUGUCCCCGGACAUGUGGUACGUGGAGCUCGCCGUGGGCGGCAGCAAGGUCCGCGCCGGAUGCAACGGCCGCCUCGUGUGGCGCCACACGCCGUGGCUCGGCGCGCACGCCGCCAAGGGCCCCGUCCGCCCGCUCCGCCGCGCCCUCCAGGGCCUGGAUCCGCUGUCGACGGCGGGGCUGUUCGCGGAGGCGCGGUGCGUGGGGGAGAAGAAGGUGGGCGACGAGGACUGCUUCAUCCUUAAGCUGUCGGCGGACGCGGAGACGCUGCGGCAGCGGAGCGAGGGCCCGGCGGAGAUCAUCCGGCACGUGCUGUUCGGCUACUUCAGCCAGCGGACGGGCCUGCUGGUGCACGUGGAGGACUCGCACCUGACCCGCAUCCAGCCGCACGCCGGCGGCGACGCCGUGUACUGGGAGACCACCAUCAGCUCGUUCCUGGAGGACUACCGCGCCGUGGACGACGGCGGCGUGGUCAUCGCGCACGCGGGGCGGUCCGCCGUCACGCUGUUCCGGUUCGGCGAGAUGGCCAUGAGCCACACCAAGACCCGGAUGGAGGAGGCCUGGACCAUCCAGGAGGCCGCAUUCAACGUGCCGGGACUCUCCACCGACUGCUUCAUCCCGCCCGCCGACAUCCGCCGCGGCGGCGACUCCGUGGGCAGCGAGCCCUGCGGCGGCAAGGCCGGCGCCGUGCACCCGGCGCGCGUCGUCGUGGACCGCGUGCACCACCCGCGGCGCGACGCGGACAAGAUCCACUGGACGGUGGAGAUGUGACUUGUGUUAUUCUCUGACUGUGGGCAACGGGACGGGACUGAUGGAGCGGAUUCGUAUCGUGAGAGUGCAAGAGAUUAGCUUAAGCAGCUAGUACUACAAGUAGCUAGGAAGAAAUGGGGGGGAAAAGCAAAUUCAGCAAUCCAAUUUGUUCAUAGUACUACUAGCUAGAAACCAAAUCUAACUUCAUCUUCCUCCUCCUACCAGUGGCUUUGUAUUGUUGUACAGAUCGAUGAGGAAGCGCCAUCCAUGGCAAUGUUGAGCUCUUCAAUUGUACCGCUACUGUAAGAAUUGGAAGAAUGUACUGUAGACAAGUAUCAUGAGACCAGAUCUUGUGCCCUAAUAUAAUGCUGAAACGCUGGAAUUGGGUAUUCUUGCUA